UGACGUAACACGAAGCCGCCCGCCGAGGAGAAGUUUUGAAAAUAAACGUGACCGUACUUUUUUAUUUUACUAAACGUCAGAUGUCCGCGUGGUUUCCCUCGAGACUUCCCGACAAACACCUGGAGAAUCUCACCCGUUGAGAGGAGGAGAGAAAGGUCGAUUCAGUCUGAGUACUUUCCCGCCUCCUCUGGUUAGUGGAGGGUGUGUCUGAGCAGCUGUCCCCCAGCAGAGGACACCUGUUGUGGGUCAAAUACCAUCUCUCCCCCCCUUUGAUGGUCUCUGAGAGUCUGAGAUAUGAGGCCUCAACCCGUAACACUGGCAGAGCUUCGGGAAGCGAUGGGCUUCCGAGGUGAAGCCCCUCCCCCUCCUCCUCCUCCUCACCCUCCUCCUCGUCCUCCCCCUCCUCCUGCUCCUGCUCCUCCUCCUGUGAUGUCAUCAGCGAUCUCUGUAGACGCUAAAGCCGACCUCACGUCUCUGCUGAACGAGUGGGAGGAGUCUCAGAGAGGGACCACGGAGACGCUGGUGUCCAUCCUCACCAGGAUCUCUGAGCUGAUUGAAGGGGAGACAGCAGAAUAUCACAAAGCAGACCCCGACCCGUUCGAUGACCGACAUCCAGGACGGGCAGACCCAGAGUGCAUGCUGGGACAACUCCUCAAGAUGCUCUUCAAUAACGAUGACUUCACUAACGCGCUGCUGGAUAACUACAUCAUGACGAGCAGAGAGCUGGAUCUGAACACGGCCUCCUGCAGACUGCUGCAGAACAUCAUGCCGGGCCUGGAGACCGCUGCUGUCUUCCAGGAGAAGGAGGGUCUGGUGGAGAAGCUGUUCUCCUGGUCCAGAGAGGCGGAGCGGCCUCUCAACGUGUUCUCCACCGGACUGCUGGCCAGAGCCAUGAGCAACCAGGAAGUAGCAGCUAGCUACAGAGACGAGAACGCUCUGCUGGUGCCAAUCAUGAUCCAGCGCCUGCAUGAACUGCAGAGUGAAGACGCCAAGAAUCUGCCUCAGGCCGAAACCUCGAGCGCCUCAACACACCAGAACUUAAAAACAAACGAGGAAGAGGAGGAAGGCGAGAAGAAAAAAGAGGACGAGGAAGAAGAAGAUGCUGAGUUUAAGCUCUGCUCUGCAAAAAAGAACGGAGACAAAACGCGACUUCUGCCGGAUUUUGUUUACCAAGCCAGGCCAGAUCUUGGAGGAAGAGGAGGAGGAGGAGGAGGAGGAAGAAGAGGAGGAUUAGGGAAGAGACGAGCGAUGCAGGACAACGGGAGGAAAGUCAAGCAGAAAAUGAAUGAGGGAGAGGAGGAAGAGGAAGAGGAGGAGAGGAGCGCCUCCUGGUCUGAAAUGAGCUCCAUGGUGAUCGGAUCAGAGUACCGUCUCUCUCCACUGAGCGCCGCCACUGAGCAGAGACUCAUCCUCCAAUACCUGACUCCACUGGGAGACUACCAGGAGUUGCUGGCUGUCUUCAUGCAGUUGGACACUCGCUCUUUACUGAUGAAUUACAUCGACCUGAAGAAGAACAGAAAUGUGCAGCUGAUCUUCGACGCUCUGCUG